ACAAUAAAUACCCCUACUCCUCUCUUUUCUCUUCCCCCAAAACCUCCGGCUAUUAAAUCGCGAUCAUCUCUCUCUUAUCCUAGCGUUUCUAUUUCCGAUGGGCGGCGGCGUGAUGAGGACGGCGGCGAAGGUCGCCGGUAUCGGCACAGUUAUGCACGGCGGGCUCCGCGGCUCGCCGGCGGUGCCGUCAUCGGGGAAGUCGGUGCGGACGGCGUCGGUGCCCGUCGCGGCGGGGAUGGCGUCGCAGAGCGUGAAGGGUCCUGACGCCGGGGCGAUCGAGAAGCCGUGGGUGGAGGCGGCGACGACGGUGGAUGACUGGCAAAUGGUCGGCGACGAAGGGGAGAUGGUGAUGUCGGCCGGCGAGCCGAUGCCGAGGGUUGUGUUCGGCGCCGCGCCGAGCUAUAAGGAGGCUAAAGAGGCCACGGAUGAGUUGAAAGAAGCUCUUGAUAAGGUGUACCUAUCUUCGCCUAAAGCUACUGAGCUCGGGGAACAGACUGCUGCCGGUAAGGUGUCUGGGCUAUCCUUGUUUUUGAACCCUGAAUCCGAGGCUGAAUCGGUUCUUGCAACUAGGACUUCAGUUCCACAACAUGCCUAUCAGGCAUUUGAACUGCUGAGUCGAAGUACUGAGGCUCAGAAUGUUGUUGCCUCGAUUGCUAGUGACCCGAAUAUCUGGAAUGCUAUGAUGGAAAACUCUGCAGUCAAACAAUUCAUGGAGUCUCAGAAAACCUUAAAUCGUGUACAGUAUGAAUCUGUUUCUGAUUCUGAGGUUUUCCAUUCUGUACCCUGUAAGGAGGUCAAAGAGGAAGAUGAUACAAGCCAGUCUUUUGACUUGGAACUUCUGUUCAAUGGUUUUGUUGAUAAAGUGAAGCUUACUGUCAAUACCAUUGUCAGCAAUUUGUCGACAUACAUUCAGAACAUUUUUGAACCCCCUGCAGAGGACAAUGGGACUACCAGAAAUGUACUAACAACUGGGUUCAUGGGAUUGGCAGUUAUGGUUGUGAUGGUGGUUUUGCUGAAACGGGCCUAGAGCGUUAUCAAUCUUCCUGAAUGAAGUAUCUGAAAUUGCAUCUCAGAUAUCUUGCUCAGUGAAUGUAUGAUAAAUAAGACCAAUUUUUCCUUCUUGUUACCCUUUGGUAAAAAUUUUAGAGACGAUUUUGCUUAUGGUUUUGUAUGAUUUGCCUGUAUAGUUUAUUGGUCAGACAUAGCUUGGUAACGUUAAUUUGACAAUGCAUUGUUCGAUGCU